AUGUUUUCUAUAACAAGCAUGCCUUCAACAACAUCAGUUCUAUCAACCUACACCACAUUUUCUGCUGCAGCAAUGCUGAUCAGGACAGUGAUCAGUGAGGUCCAGACUAUGGUCGGCCAGUUCAUACCUCAAAAACUCCAGGACAAAAUCAUUGCCACACUUGCAGGCCUAUUCGGUAACCUUCCUAAUUCUCAAAUGACUCUUAUCAUUGAUGAAAACAAUGGCCUCUCUAUCAAUGAAGUUUACCAGGCUUCAGAACUCUACUUAAGCACAAGGAUCACUGCCUCAAUUGAUCAACUUAAGGUUUCCAAGUCCCCACGCCAAAACAACUUCUCUGUUACCAUAAACAAAGGCGAGAAGAUCACUGACGAGUUUGAAGGAAUACAGUUGAGGUGGGAAUUCUGUUGUUCUGAAACGAAACAGGCGAAUAUGGACUAUGAAAGCUAUUGCUCAUCAACAGAAGUAGUAGAGCAUAAGUCAAUUCAGCUCAGUUUCCACAAGCAAUACAGAGAAAAGGUAUUAGAAACUUACCUGCCAUAUGUAGUGCAAAGAUCAAAAGCAAUUAAAGAGGAAAAUAAGGUGGUGAGGCUGCAUGCACUUGGAAACUUUGGUGGAGAAUGUUCGAUCGGUCCCUGGGGUUCAGUCAUCUUUGAACAUCCAUCAACUUUUGACACAUUGGCAAUGGACCCAAUGCUGAAGAAAGAGUUGAUUGCUGACUUGGACAGGUUUGUGAAGCGAAAGGAAUUUUAUGGCAGAGUAGGCAAGGCAUGGAAACGAGGGUACUUGUUGUAUGGUCCUCCUGGCACUGGAAAGUCAAGCUUGAUUGCAGCCAUGGCUAAUUACCUCAAGUUUGAUAUCUAUGAUUUGGAGCUUACAUAUUUACACAGCAACUCUGAGCUUAGGAGACUGUUAGUCUCCACCGCAAAUCGAUCAAUCAUAGUGAUUGAGGAUAUUGACUGCAGCAUUGAAUUGAAGGACAGACAAGUUAGAGGAACCAACCCCAGUGACAGCCAGUUGACACUAUCCGGAUUGCUCAAUUUCAUUGAUGGUUUAUGGUCAAGCUGUGGAGAUGAGAGGAUAAUUGUGUUUACCACCAACUACAAGGACAAGCUAGAUCCUGCAUUGGUGAGACCAGGCCGAAUGGAUAUGCAUGUUCACAUGUCCUACUGCACACCGUGUGGAUUCAAGACCCUUGCUCAUAACUACCUUAAAGUAAAAACUCAUCAUCUCUUCAAUGAAAUUGAAACAUUCAUAAAGGAGGUUGAUACGACUCCAGCAGAGAUUGCAGAAGAACUCAUGAAAAGUGAAGACACCGAUGUAGCGCUGGAAGGACUCAUUGCAUUCCUGAGGAAGAAGAAAGAGAUGAACUGCAAUGCUGAAGCCAAUGUUGAAGAAACAAUAGAAAAUAAUGAACUAAAGGAAGAAUGAGGUAACAACAUAUAGAGAGAAAUGGAACGUACCUUGCUAGGCAGUUUGCUUCAUAAAAUCAAUUUGCAUCAGUUGAAUAAUGUGUAUUUCAAUUCUGCCAAUAUUAAUUUGCAGUUACAACUUUUCAAUUGUUGUGCAUGACUUAGUCCCUAAAAGCAAUUAUAUAC